GUCAGUCCGUAGCAUAGACGAGACUCUUGGGGCCCCCACCCCACCCCCACCCGCAUACCUCCGUACAAGGCGGAGGUACAUGCACGGUCCUGCCUUAACCUAACGUCAGUAAAACGGCCAAACAUGACUGGAUGAGUGAUACUUAGCAUGCAAACCCAGUUACCAGCCCAGCCCCUGCAUUCCUUAUAAACGGCGGCGCGUCGGCAUGGAGACGGUGGUGAUCGUGGCCAUUGGAGUGCUGGCCGCCAUCUUCCUGGCGUCCCUGGUCACUCUGGUCGUCGUCUGCAAUCAGCGCCACUGCCACCCUGCUGGCCUGCUGCAGCGGCUGGAGUCCAAGCCCAGGGUGGACCUGAUCAGCGCCAUGGAGAGCCAGGCUGAGCCCUCAGAGCUGGAGCUGGACGAUGUGAUCAUUACUAACCCCUACAUCAAGGCCAUCCUGGAGGAAGAGGACUGGAUGGAGGACGCCUCUGGGCUGAUGUCACAUGGCAUUGCCGUCUUAAAGAUAUGCCACACCUUGACUGAGAAGCUGGUGGCCAUGACGAUGGGCUCAGGGACAAAGGUCAAGGCCCCGAACGGCCUCAGUGACAUCAUCACCGUGGCCAAGCGUAUUAACCCCAGGGUGGAUGAUGUUGUGCGAAGCAUGUAUCCACAACUCAGCCCAGUGCUACUCGAUGCCAGAGCCACCGCCCUGUUCCUGUCCGUCAGCCACCUGGUACUGGUGACCCGCCAUGCCUGUCACAUGUCCGGCAACCUGGACUGGAUCGACCAAUUGCUGCGCACGGCUGAGGGUCACAUGGUGGCGUUGCGGGAGGCGGCAUUGGCGUCCGAGACUGACCGCAUGCAGCUGGGAGCGGAGGCUGUGCAGCAGGAGCACACCAUCUGACCUGCACCGCGCGUGCAUGCGCACGCACGCACGCACACACACACACACACACACACACACAGGUCCUUGUGGGGACUCCCCAUUCAUUUCUAAGGGGAAAGCUCUAAUCACAACAUGACAACCUUAAUCCCUACCCAAC